AUGAGGAGCAGCACGCGGGCGCUGCGAUCAGAAAGAAAAGGGCGAAGCUUUGUGGCGACCGUAGCCACAGAGGUUUCGCGUCAAGAGGCAGAGGCAAUCAAACUGAGAGCAGCGAGCAAAAUGGAAGGGGAGUCUGCAGCAGUUGUUGCAAGGGCAACAGAAGCAACAUCAAAAACAGACGCUGCUGCUGUCACAGCAGCGCACAGGAGAUUCUUCAUUCGUCUGCGAAGUAGCAACAGCAGCGCCGUUUCAGGGAGCAGCGGCAACACGCGCUACCCAAGCACCACCACAAAUUACAACAAGCGUGUCACUAAUGCAGAGCACACCAGCCACCACCAUGUGGACAAAAUCCGUCAGUUAGUUGACGGAGGCUUUGUGCGGCGGUCUCUCCUGCAGAGGGCGACACCUUCAACGGCCUCUAUCUGCGGCCAAUUCGGCAUACCCAACCACCUAGCGAUGCUGGAGGAUGAUGACCGCGUCAAGUUCUACAAGGAGGCUAUCCUCUGGCAGGGCCAUUCGCAAUCACACCUACAGCAGCUGUUGCCCUUGCGGCAGACGAAGUUGCCAUGCGAGCAACGAGGACCCAUGCCACAGGACACCACAGCACAGGAGCUCAAGCCUAGAAAGACGGGGCGGAGCCAGGUCUAUGGGCGCCGUGUGUUGGAAAUCGGGUGCGGUCCCCUUGCGUUGCUGUCGCUGCUCGCAGUGCAACAGGGGGCAGCGCAGGUUGAUGCCUUAGAGCUUAAUCCAGGCGUCUACCAAUUUGCGAGCACAUUUGUGAAACAAAUUGGCGUCAACCCCCCACCUCCUCAAGGAUACGAUUUGAAGGGACCUCAGAAGCCGAGGCUCCGUGUUUUCAGGUGUUACUCCAAGCUGUUUCCUUUGGCAUCAUGGAGCUCUGCUGCUGAUUCUACACUCAGGACGCCCUCUGCCAGCAGCUCGCCCGCAUUGCUUGCAGAUGCACGACCAACUACUUCCGCCGCUGCUCCUCCUCCUUCUCCAGUUGUCCUAUCCACUGAGGGAGCAGCAGCAGCAACAACUGCGGCUGCUGCUUCAGGUGCUGGAGUUGGACUCACCUGUGGCCUUGCUAAUGCAGGAGCUGACGGCGACAAGACGACCUGUACAGCCUCUGUUUCCUCGGCUUCUUGGUCUCCUGGUACUGCAACCGCACCACCCUCAUACAUGACGGUUGCGCAUUCCCAAGGCAGUCUUGAAGGCUCUUCUGCUGCGGCCCGGGCAGAAGCAACGGCCGGUAGUGCUGUAGAUGUUGCUGAAUCUCAUCCUUCCACACCAAGUUGGUUGGCCAGGCCUCUCUCCUGCAGAUCAACGCGAGUAGCGAAGCGUCUGCGAGCUUCUCCUGGAGGCAGCAGAAGCAGAUGUAGGAGGAAGAGCAACAGCCUCUGGACACGCAAGUGUACUACCUCUGCGCAGGACUCACCAAGUGACCAUCAGGUGCAACAGGUGGAGGGUGAGCUGUAUGACAUGGUGCUUCAUGAAAUUCUGGGAGACUUUGCUUCGCAGGAGGGUGCAGCGGACGUCAUAAGAGAUAUCCAGGAGAGGACGGGGACAAUUCCUCAUAGCAUUCCAUUUGCUGCCCGAACAUUCGUCGGGGCCAGCGAACAUCCAGAACGCACCGUCCUUUCCCCCAGAGAACGUCUGCUGCAAUCGGUGGGACUACGUUUUAGCGAGGUCCUCUUAAGCACCCAGCUGAAAGCCAUCGAGGAGUUGGACUUUGAAGCCAGAAUGGACACGCAAAUGCUGCAGCGGCGGACACUGUUGUUUGAGGUGGAGAAAGACGGGUUCUUUGCUGGAUUUCUCGCUGCUAUGGAAGUCGAGAUUCGCCCGGGUGUGUUCUUCGGCCCCGUGUACGAAGGGCAAUGCGAUAGCUGGUACACCAACGUGGUGCUUCUUGGCAAAGAGAUUGCCGUAUUCAAAGGAGACAGAGUUAUUCUCAAGACUGAAGUUAAUUUGACCAACUUCCAAAGGGAGCAGCAUAUGGUGGGUCUUUGCCACAGCUGCUCGCCUGCCUGCAUGACUGUCCAUUUGUUUCAACUGAUAUUCGACUUGUCUGUCAUUGCUGGUGCUGUUGCAAAGGGUCCGAAGGGGCGCCAGUGGGUCUCUGUUUCGCGGCCUUCCUACACAUUUAGUGGACAGGUUCUCCCGCAGACAGGUUGUGCCGAGACGUUCGGGCCUAUUGUCAUCGACUUUGAUGAACAGGCCUGCUGUGUCUAG